GCUUCACCGAAUCAAGCUUUCAUCCUGCGAAAGUGAAUAUAUGCAGUUGGAGAGUCAAUUGCCCGAGACAUUUUUCUAUAACACUCAAAAUUCUUCUCACAUUAGUCCUAUUUGUUUGAAAAUGGCCGACCAGCAACAGUCACCAUGCCGCAUCCUGGUCAUGGCCUCUGGCUUUGGUUCAAACUUCCAAGCUCUUAUCGAUGCUGUUGCCGCAGGACGGAUCCGAAACAGCAAGAUUAUUCGUCUUUUCGUGAAUAGAAAAAAUGUACAGUCAAUUAAGCGAGCAGAAGGCGCAGGCAUUCCUUGGGAGUAUUUCAACUUGAUUAGCAACGGCUUCAUUGCCAAGGGAGAAAAGGACGAGCAGAAAGUUGCUGAAGCUCGUCACAAUUAUGAUGCCGCUCUGGCUGAGAGGAUACUGUCGGCAGAGGAGAAGCCAGAGCUGAUUGUCCUCGCUGGAUGGAUGCAUGUAUUCUCAAGUGGGUUCCUAGAGCCUGUGGAAAAAGCAGGAAUACGCGUAAUCAAUCUUCAUCCCGCCUUGCCUGGGGAGUUUGACGGAGCCGGUGCAAUUGAGCGGGCCUAUGCAGCGCUCAAAGCUGGUAAGAUAACGCGUACUGGCAUUAUGGCUCACUACGUAAUUCAACAAGUAGAUAGAGGUGCUCCCAUUUUGGUCGAAGAGAUAGAGUGGAACGGAGAAGAGCUGGCCGAGCUCGAGGAGAAGAUCCAUUCGCGGGAGCAUGAGCUGAUCGUGAAGGCUACGGCGAAGGUGGUUGAUGAGAUCUUGGAAAAGCGAGCAUGAUGAGCUUGAAAGACAUCCAAAUCUCUCAUGCUAUGAUCAAUCAACAGCGUUUGUUGCGCAUGCAUUUUAUUCAACCUAGCGGCGUAGUCUAUGUUGCCAACUAGGCGUGCCAAGCGGCCUAUUAAGGUCUCCAAUAUUCUACGACUCUGAGAUGUAUACCGAGAAGCAUUUCUGAACGUUACAAGGCACAACAAGCAAAUAUGAGUUUGGCUAUUACGCAAAUGACCAAUACCAAGGCAGCGGAGCGCAAGAACUUGACGAGACAGCCUCAGUUACCUAGGUACACUCGGUAUCACUGCAUUACGAUUCGUUAUGUCCUGCCCGAUAACAAUAAGAGGGCACAUCUAAGGCUUUGAAUAUCCAGCGAGCUCACCUGUGGUCACCCGACCAUUAAACGUCAUCUCACCCCCGUUUGGAUUGUGGGAGGGGUGUGCUUCUUGCAUGAACUAAACCCGGCCUAGAACCUUGGAACAUCUCUGCCUGACGGCGUGUUAGGCCGACAUGCGUACCCGAUAUUUUGAAUUACAGUC